GGCGAGGACGGUCUCGCCAAUGACGAGCUGGAUUUCGUGGGGCGAAGGGUCGUGAUUGGACACCGGCCGUGGGCGACCCUGGACUCCGCUACCUGUUGCUAAGGCCGGUGCAGAGCGGCUCUGCUGCGCGCGAGGAAGGCUCGUCUCGCGAGAGCGCUAGCUCCCUUCUUGGCCAAAGGCUGCCGCAGCGGCUCGAGGAUCGACAUGGACGCUCACGAGGACUACGUCUGGCCGCGGGCAACCUCGGAGCUCAUGCUCCUCCCGGUCACGGGUCUGGAGUGCGUGGGGGAUCGGCUGCUGGCGGGUGAGGGGCCGGAUGUCCUGGUGUACAGCCUGGAUUUUGGUGGCCACCUGCGGAUGAUGAAGCGUGUGCAGAACCUGCUUGGCCACUAUCUUAUCCAUGGGUUCCGGGUGCGACCAGAACCAAAUGGAGACCUUGACUUGGAGGCUAUGGUGGCUGUGUUUGGGAGCAAGGGACUCCGAAUUGUGAAAGUUAGCUGGGGACAGGGCCGCUUCCGGGAGCUCUGGCGUUCUGGCCUGUGGAACAUGUCUGACUGGAUCUGGGAUGCACGUUGGCUUGAGGGCAACGUGGCCUUGGCCCUGGGCCAUAACUCGGUAGUGCUGUACGACCCUGUGGUAGGGUGCAUGCUGCAGGACGUGCCCUGCACAGACAGGUGCACCCUCUCCUCAGCCUGUCUGAUUGGAGAUACCUGGAAGGAGCUGACCAUAGUGGCAGGUGCAGUUUCCAAUCAGCUCCUUGUCUGGUAUCCAGCAGCUGCUUUAAUAGACAAUAAGCCUGUGGCCCCUGACCGACGAGUCAGUGGGCAUGUGGGUGUCAUCUUCAGCAUGUCAUACCUGGAAAGCAAGGGCUUGUUGGCCACAGCUUCAGAAGACCGAAGUGUCCGCAUCUGGAAGGUGGGUGACCUCCGGGUGCCUGGGGGUCGGGUACAGAAUAUUGGGCACUGCUUUGGACACAGUGCCCGUGUGUGGCAGGUCAAGCUUCUAGAGAAUUACCUUAUCAGUGCAGGAGAGGACUGUGUCUGCUUGGUAUGGAGCCAUGAAGGGGAGAUCCUUCAGGCCUUUCGGGGCCACCAGGGUCGUGGGAUCCGGGCUGUAGCUGCCCAUGAGAGGCAAGCCUGGGUGGUCACCGGAGGUGAUGACUCAGGCAUCCGUCUGUGGCACCUGGUAGGGCGUGGGUACCCAGGUUCAGGGGUCUCAGCUCUCUGCUUCAAGUCCCGUAGCCGGCCAGGUACCCUCAAGGCUGUGACGCUGGCUGGCUCCUGGCGAGUACUGGCAGUGACUGAUACAGGAGCCCUGUAUCUCUACGACCUUGAGGUCAAGUGCUGGGAGCAGCUGCUGGAGGACAAGCGCUUCCAGUCCUACUGCCUCCUGGAGGCAGCCCCUGGUCCUGAGGGCUUUGGACUUUGUGCCUUGGCCAAUGGGGAGGGUCGUGUCAAGGUGGUCCCCAUCAACACUCCAACUGCAGCUGUGGACUUGACCCUGUUCCGUGGGAAAGUGCAUAGUCUGAGCUGGGCCCUUCGUGGCUACGAGGAACUUCUGUUGCUGGCAUCGGGCCCUGGUGGUGUGGUGGCUUGCCUGGAAAUCUCAGCUGCACCCUCUGGCAAAGCCAUCUUUGUAAAGGAACGUUGCCGGUACCUGCUGCCUCCCAGCAAGCAGAGAUGGCACACAUGCAGUGCCUUCUUACCCCCUGGUGACUUCCUAGUGUGUGGGGACCGCCGGGGCUCUGUAUUGCUGUUUCCCUCCAGACCAGCUCUGCUCAAGGAUCUUGGGGUUGGCGGCAAGGUGGGAGCUAUCGCUGGAGCACUUGGAGAAGGUAGUGGCAGUGAUGGGGAGGAGACCGCCUCCACCGAGUGGGGCCCUGUGUCCACCCUCCCUUCUCUGCAUGGGAAGCAGGGUGUGACAUCAGUCACCUGCCAUGGUGGCUACGUGUAUACCACAGGGCGCGAUGGCGCCUACUACCAGCUCUUUGUGCGAGGUGGCCAGCUGCAGCCUGUCCUGAGGCAGAAGUCCUGUCGAGGCAUGAACUGGGUGGCUGGGCUCCGCAUUAUGGCCGACGGGAGUAUGGUCAUCCUGGGUUUCCACGCCAAUGAGUUUGUGGUGUGGAGUCCCCGGUCACACGAAAAGCUGCACAUCGUCAACUGUGGUGGAGGGCACCGCUCCUGGGCCUUCUCGGAUACCGAGGCGGCUAUGGCCUUUGCCUAUCUCAAGGACGGGGACAUCAUGCUCUACCGGGCUCUGGGUGGCUGCACCCGGCCGCACGUGAUUCUCCGGGAGAGUCUGCACGGCCGUGAAAUCACUUGUGUGAAGCGUGUGGGCACCAUCACUCUGGGGCCCGAGUUUGAGGUGCCCGGCUUCAUGCAGCCCGACUACCUGGAGCUUGGCAGCGAGGGGCCGGGCCUGACCGACAUUGUGAUCACGUGCAGUGAGGACACUACUGUCUGUGUCCUGGCACUCCCCACCGUCACUGGCUCGGCCCACGCACUUACAGCAGUGUGUAAUCAUAUCUCGUCUGUGCGUGCCCUGGCUGUGUGGGGCGUUGGUACCCCAGGGGGCCCUCAGGAUCCUCGGCCAGGCCUGACUGCUCAUGUGGUGUCUGCGGGGGGCCGGGCUGAGAUGCACUGCUUCAGCCUCAUGGUCACCCCAGACCCUGGCACCCCAAGCCGUCUCGCCUGCCACGUCAUGCACCUUUCGUCCCACCGGCUGGAUGAGUACUGGGACCGCCAGCGCAGUCGGCACCGGAUGGUCAAGGUGGACCCGGAGACCAGGUACAUGUCCCUCGCUGUGUGUGAACUCGACCGUCCUGGCCUUGGCCCCCUGGUGGCUGCAGCCUGCAGUGAUGGCGCAGUGAGGCUCUUCCUUUUGCAGGACUCGGGGCGGCGGCUGCAGCUCUUGGCUGAAACCUUCCACCACAAGCGGUGUGUCCUCAAGGUCCAUUCCUUUACGCACGAGGCACCCAAUCAGCGACGGAGGCUCUUCCUAUGCAGCGCCGCCACUGACGGCAACUUGGCCUUUUGGGAUCUCACUGCCGUGCUGGACCACGGCUCCACCGCCCUGGAGCCUCCAGCAGACCCUGGGCUUCCCCACCGGCUGGGGACCCCCUGCCUGACCCUCCAGGCUCACAGCUGUGGUGUCAACAGCCUGCACACCUUGCCCAUACGUGAGGGCCAUCUCGUGGCCAGCGGCAGUGAGGAUGGCUCCCUCCAUGUCUUUGUGCUGGCUGUGGAGACACCGGAGCUGGAGGAGGCUGUGGGGGGUGCUGAGCUGGUGCCCCAGCUGCAUGUGCUAGAGGAAUACUCCAUCCCCUGUGCACACGCUGCCCACGUGACAGGCCUCAAGAUCCUAAGCCCAAGCCUCAUGGUCUCCGCCUCCAUCGACCAGCGGCUGACCUUCUGGCGUCUGGGGCAUGGGGAGCCCACCUUCAUGAACAGUACCGUGUACCAUGUCCCAGAUGUGGCAGACAUGGACUGCUGGCCUGUAAGCCCUGAGUUUGGCCACCGCUGUGCUCUUGCAGGCCAAGGGCUUGAGGUUUACAACUGGUAUGAUUAAGGUGUCCCGCGGUGGCCGGCGUGCCGGGCAUGGGACCUGCUCGCAGAUGGGGUGGAACAGGAGUGACCGUCUGUGCCCAUGCCCGGUGUGAAGGGAGGCGGCGGCCGCGGGUUCCUGGCUUCAGAGCAGGAGCUGGAGGUGAUGACUUUUGUAAACAUUCCUAGAUAUCGGGAUCUCUGUGGCCUUAGAUGUGGUUCAGUGGAGGGAGACCCAGCGUGGCUAGGCCAGCAUGGAGCACUUCACGCACAGCCCG